UAGACUUUGGCGAGCGGUCGCGGCGCGGGAUUUGAAUCUUUGAAUUUUAAAUAUCGAACGUUUUAAAUUUUUAAACUUUGAAAUUCGAAGUGGUAGUGUUUUUUUUUAAGUGAUAAUGACAGUUAUAUGAGAACUUUUUGGUGAUGUUUUAGUUUUAAUACGUUUAUUUUUUAAAGGAUACCAAAGAACCAAUCCAAGAUGUCUUCCGAGUCUCUGUCAAACACAGAGAGUUCCAGAACUGAUUCCACACAAUGCGUGGAAUGUGACACUUCUGACAGUGCCACAGACUCUCUCAACAGUCUCAUAGAUGGGAUCACAGAUAAAAACUGCGUCGAAGACUGCAUGGAGGUCAAGUGCUCGUUGGCAGACGAAUGCACGGCCUGCGAAGACCCUGUGAAGAAGGGAAGCAAAUCUAUAUGCUGCAACGCAGUGAGCCAGUGCGUGUGGGGUGUGCUCCUCCUGUUAAUAUCCAUUGGAGGGUUCAUCUUCACCCCCUUAGACCUAAUGCUAUGGGAGAAGCUGAAUAUGAGGCCAGGUUUUCCCCCCUACGAGUGGUGGGCGGACCCCCCCGACGAGGUCAAGCUGAGGGUCUACGUCUUCAAUGUGACCAACCACGAGCGGUUCCUGAGCGGCCUUGACGAGAAGAUGGACGUCAGAGAGAUAGGACCCGUUGUUUAUUUAGAGAAGCUGAUCCACUCCAACAUCCAUUUCAAUGAGAACAGUACCCUGACAUACACCGCGCGACGCUACCCUAUAUUCUUGCCUGGCGAGAACAGUAUAGACCUGAACGCUACCCUGGUGGUGCCUAAUUUGGCAAUUCUGGGCAUAGCAUCGUACCUCCACGACGCGAACUACCUCGUUCGAACUGGCUUCCGUCUUCUGGUCAACUCCCACGGCAGCAAGUUGUUCGUGAAGAAAACCAUCUACGAAUACCUCUGGGAGUACCGAGAACCGGUGCUGGAUACGUCUAAAAGCUUGGUACCGGGUUUGGUGCCUGUUAGUAACAUGGGCAUGCUGGCCAGAAUCUACUCAGACUUCACGGACGAUGUGACAGUCAAAGUGGGCCACCAGUGGGGAGACCGGAGCUUCUUCCAAAUCGACGAGUUCCGUGGACACCCUCAGCUGCCGGGAUACGAUCCUGAUGUAUGUCCCGACCGGCUGUACGGGUCUACAGAAGGUGUGAUGUACCAGCAACGGCUGACCAAGCAAGACAUCCUAUUGUACUGGAGGAAGACCGUGUGCAAGGUCAUGCCUCUUUAUUUUGAUGAGGAGAUAACAGUGGACAACGUGCCAGUAUAUCGCUACAACCUCUCUGAAAGCGUGUUUGAGAGAACGAGCAAUGGUACGGACUGCUACGAUACAGUGCCGAGCCUGCCGCCAGGGUUGAGCGACGGAUCCAAGUGUUACUUUGACUUCCCAAUGGUGGUGUCCUACCCUCACUUCUACACGGGCCACCCGCCCAAAGACGCGUACGUGACUGGUCUCCAACCGGACAGAUUUAAGCACAACUCCUACGUCGUUGUGGAACCGUUGACAGGCACACCGUUCCACUCCGUAGCGCGGAUGCAGAGCAACCUUCGUAUCCACGAGCUGUCUGGCUUCUCGUACGAGUACCAGAAGUUCUCCAACCUCGUUCUACCUCUCUUCUGGGCUGAAUAUAAUCAAGAAGGCCUACCUCCACACAUCAGUAAGACGAUCUACUUCAUGACCGUCAUCUUACCGCCAGUGUCUUACUUAGUACUUACUCUAACCUUCCUCACAGGCAGCUACUUUUUAGCAAAACAUUUGUACAUUCACCAACUAAGCAACGAAACUGUGAACGCCUUACUACAUUUUAAGAGCAAAAACACUAGCAAGAGUGAUUGCAAAUCUUUAAAAUAUGAGAAUGAAAUAUUUAUAAAACCACUUACAGUUAGUAGAUAAUAUAAUAAUUAUAGACCAACUUAGUUGUAGUUAUUUAGUAAAUUUAAAUUUUGUAAUGCGACGUUUGUCUGAGGCUUUUUGAAAGAAUAAAAUUUAGAACAAUA